AUGUCAGUCCAGGUGUAUGUCCAGCAGCGAAACUUUGCACAUUUCGACCACCGCCUUCCCGUUGAGAAUUCGGCGGAGUUCCCUCUUACUAGGGGAGCAGCAACAUAUUGUUGCGUCUGUUUAGUGGUUGAUAUCUCUUUGUUUCUUCUCUACCUUAUCAUGAGGGCGUCGGUGCGCAGCGCACUGGCCGUGUCAGUGAUCGCAUCGCUGGCGCCCCUGUGCAGUUCUCAGGAAACGUCAGCAGAUUUCUACACAUUUACCGAUGCUUCUGCCACUUCUUCUUACGGGAUGGGGUUCGAAGCGUCCCAAGCUCUUCAGCCGGGAACAGGCGUCCCUCAAGAAUGCCGCAUCAUCGUCGUCACAAUGCGAAAGGCCUUAAACCAAUUCUUCGGAAUCAAUCAAAUUACGCCCAUUGGAGCGGGACAGCCAAUAUUUAUGAUAGUCGCGGGCGUCUCAAGCCCUUCAGGAGAAAUGUGUUUGCAGGUAGAAGGCGGCAAAAUCAACAAAGAAGGAGCGCGAGUCCUCCUCAGCUUCUGCGAAGACGCCAUUGCCUCGGGAGACGCACGCUGCUCUCGAGCACUGGAAGAAGGCGAUGGAAGAUCUGGAUGGACGUUUCAAGGCAAUUCGCAGCUGCGGCUAGCAAAGGCAGGGUCCUGGUGUUUAACACAAAAGAACAUCAAUGGUUCUACUGCGGGGCUCGUCGACUUAGUAGUCAGCAGCGGAGCCUCAGCUGAGGCCUCCAGCAGCGCAGACGACCGCCAUGGGCCUCAAAAUGCCAUAGACAGAAACACUGAUACCUCCUGGGCCUCUGAAGAAUUCGAGGAAAAAGAUGAAUACCCCGUCACCUUAGACAUCAACUUGGGGAAAGUUGUGAGGCUCGCAUCGAUGAGGAUUGAGUGGGAGCAGCCGGCGUUAGCGUACACGGUGCAGUUGAGUUCUGACGGGACUACGUUCAUAGACGGAGUUCACAACGAGGCGAACCCAUCGAUGUCUACAAAAGACCCUCUGGACGGAAUGGAAGCCUCGAUUGUUCGAAUUCGCAUGCAGCAGCCCCACCCUCGUUUAGGAAAGAUAGAGGAGAAGUACCGCUACGCAAUAAAAGAGAUCAGCAUCUUCGCUAAUAAGCUUGAGCCAGCAGUUGGUGAUUGCAAGGAGGCUGCGAGUUCAGACGAUGCUCGAGACAAAUAUUUCAUUUCUUAUGUGAUGGGGUUCGAUCCUGGUCUUGUGCAGAAAACAGCAUCUCUAGGGGUGGACCUCGUUGCUAAGAAGAAGAAUCUGCAGCAGCUCGCUUCUAAAGUAGAAGAACUCUUCACUAGCAUGGAUGAGUGCAGAGAAGAAAAGACUCAACAGAAACAGCGCAUUGCACACCUACGAAACAACGCCGGUUUACUCCUCUCGAGCUUCCAAACAACCACGCAAAAAACAAAAGCAUAUGCUCCAUCUCAGCUGAUUCCGGGUAUGUUCAGCGGUUCUCCUUCUCUGGUUCAGCCUCGAUGCGCAACAAAACCCUUGCGAAGCUACUGCGACAUGGAAACAGGAACAAUGAUAUUUGUGCUGCUGCAGAAGGACUUCCCCCGCGUUGCUAAUCGCCCGCCGGGCCUCCUCUCCUCUGCUGCAGACAUCCGCUCCACCUGCGCCUCCAUUGGCUUGGAGGUGUUCGUGCCUCGGGGGUUAUCGCAGCUGUUGAGUGCUGAGAAGGCAGUGCAGCUGAUGGGCAUACAGCUGGAAGGAGGAGAAGGAAUACCCGUUGCAUAUGAUCAGGGCUGCAGCUACGGCGCAUGCAGUUCAACUUUUCGAGAUUUGUUCGAUGGAACAACAGACCUCACAGGCCUAGUGCUUGCGUUUGCUUCUUCUGGCAGCAGCAUGACGUCUUCUUCAGAUACUGCCGAGACCAACAGCGAGCCUGCUGUCUUCGGCUCUGGUGGCGUUUACUCAGGGAGAAGCGGCAUUUGCAAGGCGGCUGUACACGCAGGGCUCAUUAAAGAAGGAGGGGUCUUCUCUGUGUCUGUGGAGUCUCCUAUCUCUUCGUUCGAGGGCUCUAAGCAAAAUGGAAUUGAAUCUAAAUUUCGAGACGUGGAAGAUCUCACAAGCCGCUUGCUGGCUGCCUCUGCUGCAGCUGCAACGCGACUAGAGUACUUGCAUGAGGAGCUGCAGCAGCUUGAAGAAACGCAUGUGGUGCAGCAGGGGUAUCAAGACUAUGAAUUGAACCCUCUAGAAACUACCUUCGAGCAUGAAUUCUCAGUCGAGGACAGUCCGUACACCCGAAAUGGGCCCAGCCACUGGGGCUUCGCUCUUCUCGUUGCAAAACACCAAAAUGUCUUCGGCCAGUCGUCUUCAAUACGCGGACUCGCUGAAGGACAGGGGACAUUCGCUUUUCUUAAAAGACGCAAUUUCUAUGACUUCGUACUCCACGUGCAGUUCCUGCCGAUGGGCAGCGGCAGUGUAGGGAUUGGUUUUCGAAUGAAAGACCGCGACAACGGCUUUCUGCUGCUGCUGGAGCAGAAGAGCGGCAGCAAGAAGCUGCUGCGCCUUCAAAAAGGAGUACCCAAGACAAUCGCUGAACGCAAAGACGGCGGAUUCGUUCAGGGGAUUUGGCACAAAAUUCGAAUUCAAGCGACUGGCGGACAUCUCAAAGUCUGCGUAGGCGAGGAGACAGAGCAAGAAGCAGAAGUACUCUCGGCCUUAGACGAACGUUUUGUGUCUGGGACAGUUUCAUUUUUUUCGUCUGGCAUGCGAGACGGCGUUUACUUCGACAAGUUGAGCGUUGAGGCGUCGGCGUGCUUAGCCCCGCAGCAGACCUCUCAGCCUCUGCCUCCGCUUUGUUCUGUCUUCGUCGAGAGCUACUUCGGCAGUUUUAAUGCGCUUUACGAAGUCGUAGACGGCGCAGACAAAGGAGGAAACAUCGGCCAGUGGGAGUACAGAGACAAGUUGUUCGGCCGCAACCGCGUGUUGGCGCAGCUGCACGCCGUCCGCGACCCCGCAGAAGUCGGGACGAUGGCCAUUCUCAAAGGCAAACGCACUUGUCGGAGCGGACAGCUGUCUGUGGAUUUUCUCGCAGAGUGCACGCGCGGCACCGUCGGCCUCCUUUUUUGGUUUUCUUCGGAUGAAAAUUAUGCAGCAGUGGAGGCCACAGCGACUGAAACUGAGUUUCUCUACUUUUACCGACAACUCAACAGACAAAAAUGCUCUUCUUCAGGCCAGCGUCUGACAAGUCUAUUGAGCGCCUCUCACAAGUAUAAAUGCGAGAGAGACUGCAUGAAGAACGAUGAAACCGCCGAAUAUACCCAAAAACUAUUCAAGAAUACUCUGCGUCGCUGCGUGCAAAACGACAAGGAAAGAAGCAAACCCUCUCUUCUCUGCGCCGCAUGGUUAUACGAGCAAAAGCACAAUAAAAAGGCACUGAAACAAGCCGAUGUUAUUCUGAAGAAGUUCCCGGAGCACGGGGAGACAUUAGCAAUGAAAGGUUUAAUAUUAUCAAACAUUAAUUCAAGUAAUAAAACUGAAGCCGUUGAAUUCGCUAAAAGAGGUCUUCGAGCUGAUAUCACAAACUCCGUCUGCUGGCAUGUACUCGGCCUCCUCUACAGACAAGACAAAGAUUACGCAGAAGCCUCAAAGUGCUUCGCUCAGACUUUACGGCUGGACCCUCAAAAUUUUGCUGCUAUGCGAGACUUAGCCAAUCUACAAAUUCAUGAGAGAAAUUAUUUAGGGUUCUAUGAAACUCGCAGAGUCAUUUUAAAAGCUAGGCCUCGCUUUAUUCGGGAGUGGUCUGCGUUUGCUGUUGCAAACCACUUGGCUGGGCGUCUGAGUGUAGCGGAGGAGAUCUUAGAGGAGGUAGAGAACCAGUUUGCUGGGUCUCGCGAUUUAGAGGUCUUUGAACAAUCUGAGAUCAUUUUAUACAGAGCUGCAAUUCUUGAAGAGUUAGGCGACUACGAGAAAUGCUACAAAUAUCUCGCAAGUAGACAGCAGAGUGUGUUAGACAAGACGUCAUUGCUGGAGGCGAUGGGUCGCCUUGCAAUAUUUUUGCGCCGUUAUGACUGGGGGCGCGAGGUGUAUAGGCAGCUGGUGAAGAGCAACAAAGACAACGAAAGUUAUCUGCUUUGUUUGAUGGCGUGCGAUGAAGACGAAGAAAUUCGAAGCCUCUUUGCUCUCCCGCGCUGCUCUUUUAAUGCCUCCAUGGGCAGAGCAGACUCACGUCAAUACUUAAAUGUGUAA